AUGGCCGUCAGCAAGAAGGAAGCCCGCAAGCAAAAGUCGGUCGCAGACCUCAAAGGCCCCGCUGCCGCCCCCUCGAAAUCUCCUAAAUCGGCCAAGAAGGACAAGAAGACGAAGGAGGUCGAAGUGUCUGAGGAUGAGCUCGACAGCGACGAGGAUGACGAUGAGGAGAUCAGCGAGGAGGGCAUGAAGAGGUUGAUGGAGCUUGUUGAUGUGAACGAUUUGAACGAGGAAGAGCUAGCCAUGCUCGGUGCUGGUGGAGACUCGGAAGACGAGGAGGAUGACGAGGACUAUGAGGACGCUGAAGACGAUGAGAUGCUUUCUGGCGAGAGCGACAGCGAAGACGAGGAGGAAAAGGAGCAGGACAACACUAUUGUCAACGAACAGCCCGACGAAGAUGCCAUCUCCCUCGACGGUCUCGGCUCUGACGUCUCUGUCGACGAAGACGCCGUCCCCCGCCAAAAGAUUACCAUCAACAACAAGCCUGCUCUCCGACUCUUGACCGAACAGCUCAAGGUCACCAACAUGCCUUGGCCGGAACAUUUGGUGCUCAACAGCAAGGAAGUAGCGGAUGUUGACCCCAGCGAUGCUAUAGAUUUGUCACGAGAGACCGUUUUCUACAAGAUCGCCCUCUCUGUCAUUCCCCAAGCCAAGAAGCUUGCCGCCAAGCACGACAUUCCCUUCUCCCGCCCGGGGGACUACUACGCCGAGAUGGUGAAAUCUGAUGAGCACAUGGAGCGUAUCCGUACCAAGCUCGUCGAGGAGGCGUCUGGUAUCAAAAAGUCGGAAGCUGCCAAGAAGCAGAGAGAUCUCAAGAAAUACGGCAAGCAGAUUCAGCACGACAAGCUCAGACAGAGGGAGCAGGAGAAGAAGAGCUUUGAUGAAAAGGUCGCGGGCCUCAAGAGGAAGAGAAAGGAAGGAGCGGACAUUGGCGACGACGAUGGACAGUUUGACAUUGACGUUGAGGAUGUUAUUGAGGGCAGAGAUGACAAGGGCGGCCGAUCCUCUUCCGGCAAGUCCAAGAUGCCCCGGUCAGUCCGAGACAACAAAUACUCUAUGGGCGGCGGCGGAAAGCGCUCGAAACAGAACACCAAAGAGUCUUCCAUGGACUUUGGCGGUGGCUCCUCUUCCCGUGGUGGUGGCGCUGGUCGAGGCGGUAGGGGUGGUCGAGGUGGAAGCGCUGGUCGUGGUGGCGGUGCUGGUCGGGGUGGCAGCAGUGCCGGAAGGGGCGGUAGUGCAGGAGGUGCGAAGAGGGGUGGACGACCGGGGAAGAGCAAGAGGUCUAGGGGAUGA